CGCGUCGACCAUCGAGGUAAAUCGUGAAUACAGCAGGAGGUCGCUCCCGCCCUGGAAAGAUGGAUACGAAUUCUUCCAAAACGUCAAUACCUCUGAAUGGCGCCUCUGACAAUCCCAAGCCGCUGGCGGGUGUCUACAUCUGCUGUACAGCCGUGGCAGAGGAAACACGCGUAUGUUCUUUGCCCCCUCACCAAAACUCUUCUCAGUCAUGAUGCUAAUAUGGAUCGGAGCGACAGACCAAAAUCGCCGAGUACUCGGAACAAAUGGGUGCGAGACAUCGUUAUGAUCUGACACAGGAAGUAACGCAUCUCAUUGUAGGCGGACACAAUACCGAUAAAUAUCGGUUCGUUGCGAGAAACCGACCAGAUGUGAAGCCAAUGACAGUGGAAUGGAUUGAAAAGCUUCGGGACAUUUGGAUGAAGGAUGAGGAAAUUGAUAUGGAGUUCUUGGAGAAGCAACAUACUCUGCCGACUUUCCAUGGUCUGAAGUUUAGCAUGACUGGAUGCGACAAUCGUAAGAAGAUGGAUUAUCUCGACAAUGGGCAAUUGCUGAUCAUUUUUAGCGGAUGAUCGAUCAGAAAUCGCGGAGCAGGUUAGGUCGAAUGGUGCUAUUUACGAGGGCGACUUAACCAAACACAUUACCCACCUGAUCUCAUUCCGGACGGACGGCGCCAAAUACAAUGCUGCUAAGUCUUGGGGCAUCACUGUUGUAUCCGUUGAGUGGUUAAGGGAUAGUUUAGAAAGAGGGAUGAUCUUGGAUGAGAGCCGUUACGAUCCUCUGCUGCCACCGGAGGAACGAGGGAAUGCAUGGGAUAAAUCAAAGCCGAAACGGAUAUCGCUGGGAAAACGUGCGAGGGAUGAAAGUUUUGGCGGGUCGGAAGGAGCCAAGAGGAAGCUUAGAAGGACUGCAAGUACGAAACUUAAUAGCCAGAGCGAAAAGAUGUGGGGCGAUAUAGUCGGGAGAGGUGGUUUAACAGAAGUUGCGCGGAGCGGUGUUUGGGAACCCCAGGUGUCAGCCCAGAACAUUCAGAAGCAGCCGGAACUCAAACAAGAAGAUGUCAGAGAAGGUAUAUUCAGUGGUUGUCGAUUUUAUUUUCAUGGAUUUAUUGGGAAAAGAGUGGAAGUUCUCUGCAAUCAUCUUUUGCCUCAAGGGGCUGAAGUUGCGGUAUCUCUGGAACAAUUGCACUUAACAUCAUCGGCCAAUCCUCCACAACGCCUUUUCAUGAUCGUUCCUCACGAUUUACCAGUGUCACAACAUCCGGCAUUACCAGAGUCACAGCUCCUGAUAGAGACAAUCACCGUAUUUUGGGUGGAACGUUGCUUACAUUACAAGAAGUUUGUCGACCCCUCCGAACAUGUAAUUGGGCGUCCCUUUCCAGUGUUCCCAAUUCAGGGCUUCGCGGGCUUGACAGUUUGCUCUUCGGCAUUUUCUGGCAUUGAUUUAUUGCAUUUGAAAAGAUCCGUGGAAUUAUUAGGCGCGAAAUAUAGCGAGGAUAUGACAUCCCAGUGUUCCGUCUUGGUCACUAAAUCACAAUUGGGACUCAGAAAAGACAAGUAUGAACAUGCGAUGGAAUGGAAAAUACCAAUUGUGGGAGCAGAAUGGCUCUGGGAAUGUAUAAAAAUGGGCUCGCGGGUAGAGCCUAAACCCCACUGUUAUAGGUCGCAAAAGCGCUCAAAAUCUUUAACAGCCGGGGGCGUAUUGCCUGUGAAUGAAGAGAAGCGACAGGAUCAAGCAAAUAACUUACCAACGGCUCAAACUUCGAGAGCUGACAGUGUUCAACCGAAAGAAGCAGCAAGACAAUCAAGUCCACCACCAAAUGAAGUAACAAAGCAGCCAAGCCCACCAAAAGAAGCAGCACCAAAAGAAGCAUCAAAACCAUCAAGUCCGGCUUUGAAUACCUCGGCAUCAUUUGUCACUGCCAACGAAGAGGGGCCUCAUGAGAGCAGGGCACCGGAAUGGUUUACUGUUGGGAGAGAAAUACGAGCAUCGGACGCGACAUCAUUUGACCCUUCAUGUCGAACCGAGCCAUUAUCAGAACGAGACCCAAACUCGCCCACAAAAACUGUAUCGACAGCUCCAGCACCAUCAGGCCAUCCCCAUUCAAAGUCGUCAGAGGAGGAUAUCAGCAACGAUAUUUCCGACCUCCUCGCCAAAACUAAACGUGCCGUUCAACCCUCCAAUGAGGCACCCGAGGGACGAAAACGCACCACCAAACGUAUUUUCGGUCGAGUCACUUCCAAUAUCUCCACCAUCUCGGCACAAUCCCGUUCUGGGUCUGUAGAUUCUACACAUACGCCCGUUGAGAAGUCAUUGAGUGGAGAUGAUCCACUGGUCUUAUUACUUGGUCCUGGUGGGAAGGAGGACAAAGAUGUGGAUAGUCAGCCUCCGGCUACGCAGUUGCAAUACGAUGAUCUGGAGAGUGUAGAUGUGAGAGAGGGAAUUCUGGCGCAGAUGACAGGACGGCAACCUCCACCCAAGAGAGCGGGGAUGAAGGAGAGGUCUGUGACAUUGGCCAUGGGCGAUUUGGGAACGAGGAGAGCCACGAGACAAACGAGAAUGAGGUGAUCUAUAAAGGUCUUUGGAUAAACGCAAUGUAAAUGAGGGCCAUGGAUUGGAUUGAGUAUGAAUGUUGUAUAGACAUGGCUUGGCUGGUAAUGUUGAGCAUUGCAGGGCUUGAAAUGAUUACCUGUGCCGCACGGAUGGCAAUGUACUAUUGCAGUAUCGAUAGUGAAUUGAAUAAACC